CAUAGCUAGUCAGCAGCUUGUGAGAGGAGAGGGCAUGCAGUAUCAGGUAUUGCUGCCGCAGAGGAGGAAAAGGUGAAUGUGAGAUUGAGUACACACAUGGGUAUAAGAGAAGGGGCAGCAUUAGGUGCUCUGCCUCAGGAAAACAAAAUCAACAGAACUGGCUUACAUCCAAUUCAGUGACAGUAGUACUCUCUCCAAUAGGAGAGAGUUGCCAGCAUCUCAAAAAAGAAAAAGAAAGAAAAGAACCUUAUUUUCCUCUAUUGAAAAUAAUCCAUGACUUACUCUUUUCUGGCUAUUUGGAAUUAACUCACAGACAAUCACAAAGAAAUCCUUCUCCUUCUAGCUCAAUACAACUCUAAUCUCCUGCAAUGAAGACUCUGCAGAAAUUGUGUCUCUUCUAUUUUUUUAUACCCUUGGUGAAGCUAGCACCACCUAGUCAACAACAAUUAGCCACAUUUUAUGGUCAUGGUUUGGCUGCUCUUGAAGAUACAACACUUGAGGAAGAUUAUGAAGACACAUUAUUUAAGCAAGAUUAUGAAGACAAACCACAGAAUGCUGUGAAAAACAAGGAAAGCAAUGGUAUGAUCUUCUCCCACGAAAAUGAACUUCAAAUGCAGAAAGAUGAAGAGGUAUCUAGAGAAUCAACUAAUUAUACAGAUUUGGGCACUUGUCUACUGUGCGCUUGUUUAAGUGGUUCAGUUUACUGUGAAGAAACAGAUAUUGAAAGUGUUCCAGUUCUACCAAAGGAAACAGGCUACCUUUAUGCACGUUUCAAUAAAAUCAAGAAGGUGAAAGUCUCUGAUUUUGCUGAAAUUCCCACUUUAAGAAGAAUUGAUUUGACUGGAAAUGCAAUACAAGAAAUCGAAGAUGGUGCCUUUUCAAAGCUACCAUUAUUAGAAGAACUUUCACUUGCUGAAAAUAUGCUUAAGAAGCUUCCAGCUUUACCUCCCAAACUAACUACAUUGAAUGUAAACGACAACAAAAUUACAAGCAGAGGAAUUAAAGCAAAUGCUUUCAAGAAGCUGACCAAUUUGUCAUUCCUCUACCUAGGACAUAACACACUGGAAUCUGUUCCUGUGAACUUGCCAGAGAGCCUGCGUAUCCUGCAUCUUCAGUUCAACAACAUAACCAAAAUCACAGAUGAAACCUUCUGCAAAGCAAAUAAUGUUACCCGCUAUGUUCGUGUACACAUGGAUGAAAUAAGGAUGGAAGGCAACCCAGUCAUCUUGGGAAAGUAUCCCAACGCUUUUAUGUGCUUGAAAAACUUGCCUAUCGGUACAUACUAAUAAUUGCUAGCAAAACAGGAAAUGGUAAAAAAAAAGUAGGUAAAAUUUAUUACCUUAUAUCACUGUUUAAAUAUGUCUAUGUUAACAUUUUCCCACGUAUAUUCAAAAUCUUUAACAGCUAUAAUGUAUUUAGUUCUGCCUUAAAUAACUUGAUGAUGAAACUGAAGCUUCUGAUUUAAUAA